AGGGAGAGCGAGCAGCAGACGACGCCAGUAGCGAGAUGGCCACCACCAGGGUAAGAGGUCUACCGCAUUUUGCUGUCGGCACCGUGGUCAAAGGCUUCGGCCGGGGGUCUAAAGAACUGGGAAUACCUACUGCGAACUUCCCUGAGCACGUGGUAGAGGAGCUGCCCGACGAGAUCACGACCGGGAUAUACUACGGAUGGGCCAAAGUGGACGACGGCCCCACCUUCAAGAUGGUGAUGAGUAUUGGCUGGAACCCUUACUAUAACAACAAGAAAAAAUCAAUGGAGAUGUAUCUCUUCCAGGAGACGCACAUCAUGCAUGUCUUUAAGGAGGACUUCUACGGAUCUGAACUGAAGGUGGUGAUGCUCGGCUAUAUUAGACCCGAGAAGAACUUCAAGUCUUUAGAGGAACUCAUCACCGCCAUCCACAACGACAUCUCAGAGUCAGACAAGCAGCUCUUACAGGCCCAACAUCUGCACUACAAGCAACACCCAUUCUUCACAGAAAAGUCUGGAGCGCAGUGCAACGGAGUGAUCAGUAAUGGAGUCGUCACCAAUGUACAUGGAAAAGAAAAUGGUCUGGCUAAUGGAAACAUAGAACAAAAUAGUUGAAAACGGAGUGUGUAAUCGGUGCAUUAUUAAGUUAAUUGGCUUUUAUUAGUGAUCCCUUGUGAUACCAAAGGUUGAAAAGUUUAAUUCUUGUUGCUCUGUAAUACUGUUAACAUUAUCAACAUAAAUUUUAAUAAGGGCAAGAAAAAAACACCUUUGUGUGAGAUACUGUUAAUGAUGGUUUGAGAUAAAAGGAUGUAGCUAUCUAUGGCAAUAAACAGUUCUUUAAAGAGUUAGAGUAUGACCAUCUCUGUGAAGGGAAUUAGUUGAGGAAAAGUCAGAUGUUAGGUAGACACUGAGAAGAGAAAUGACCUGCCUCCUCACUACAAUUAUUUGUAUAGUGUAUUUAAUGUGUCAUUUGCCAGUAAAUGCAGAAUAUCUGCACAAAUUCACUUGAGUCGAAGUGUAAUUUAGAAACAAUGUAUUUCAGAAAAUCCUUAAUAAAUAAGUGAUUUUAAUAUAACUGUGAGGAGAGUUGGUAAGAAGAGGAAUCAUUUUGUGUAACUAUCCUUGUGUAUUGCUUUUGUAGAUGAUAGAGAAGCCAUUAUUACUUAAACGGUAGAUACAUAUAUACAGGGUUACAUAUAGAUGAGAAAUUACUUUAUGAAAAAAACAUCAACAGUUAAUCCUAUGAGGGAUUCCUGUCGUUAUGUUGGUCACAGGUGUAGUAGACUGUUAUUGUGAAGGGUGAAGAACACAGUCAUGGCCUCAGUCCUUCUGUUGGUAUUGAGAAAUAAUUUGUUUCAGUUAUGACUUACAGUAACACCUGUAAGAUGACCAGUUUAUGUUAUUUCACCAUCAGCUAAAUUUGUGUUGCCUUAUUUUACAGACCAGCCAUUAUUGUGGAGAGGGGCGACUGUAAUGGUAUAUAAUACAGUUAUAGGUACAGUGAAACCUCCAUAUAACAGAGUUUAGACGGGAGUUUAACAUAUAACGGACCCUCGAUAGAACGGACUUUCCUCUCUACACAGUUUGGUAGAUGAAGGUUUCACGUCUAACAGGCAUUCUUUUUCAUAUAGUCCGGUAAAUAGAGGCUUCACUGUAUAGUAGUUAAUGGUAAUGAAGGUGUCUCACACGAGGUUAGCAUUACAGUCUAUACAAAUGGGUCACUGUGCAUUACAAGCUUAACUUAGUGUGUCUUAAACAUGUUCAUUUUUCACUUCACUGUGAUUCUUACAUAUAGUACAGUAUGCAGUGUGUUGGUAAUGAUCAGUUCAGUGCAUAUUUUAGUAGUAAUUGUAGUUAAAUUAAUUUGACCAUCAGUUUAGUUAUUUUGUAGGAAAUUGACUGUUAGUAACUUGUGUGUUUUUUAUUUAAGAUCAAUUGGUUAUCACUAACCUCUUAAUUAAAGAUCUAAGUUGAGCAUUCUGCAAAUAUUUUUUUUACUCUGUGUAUUCUUGUUUAGUGUUUUACUUAGUUACUUUAUACAGCCACUUAGAGAGAAGUACAGUGCAGUAUUUACUCCUGCAAGUAUAUGAUUUUGUUGUUGUCUUGAAAAAGUCAUAGUUCAUUGGUUCAUACAGUUUUGGGUUGGAAUUCCUUAUACAUAAAUAACUCUGUUUAGGGUCUUGACAUAUGGCUUCCAGCAGUUUGAAAAGAUUACUAUUAGUCCAUCCCAUUACAUAUUUAUCACCAAUUAAAUGAAAAAAAAGGGGUGUCUCCUGUACACCAGACAGUUACUACUAUACAGUAUUAGUGAGGAAGACAGACUCGUUACCUGGGGUUUGUCACACACACACACACACACGUCACAGACCCCCAACACACACCUAGUGAUCUCCCGUAGUUACCACAAACCAAGCUCUGCCAUUUUGUGUGUAGGAAGUUCAUUACCCCUAACAGUUGCUACCUGCCUCGUUAAUCUUCUCUCGGUGAAUUUGAUCAUCCAAAAUCGCUUUCUUUAGGUUUUAGUAUCAUGCAUUUCCCACUGUGUAUGCUGUAUAGUUUCCAACAUUUAGCAGUAUUAAUGGGAAUAUUUAAGAUUACUUUAUCAGUUUACUUUGGACCAUGUUCUGGUAUAUACUGUAUAAUUACAGUAUACCUGUGUAUCAGUUGUGGUGUUUUAUGCUUAAAGGACCAAACAGUGUGAGUGUAUGUGUAGGAAGAGCAACAGGAGCUUAUGAUGGUGGAGAUUAUCUUAAAAGUGUUGUUUUAUACAGUAAAUAUCCCCCCCACAAGCCAACUGUCUCUGGGAAGAGUCGCUAUCCAUGGGAAAAUAUGUCAGAACUUGGGAAAAAUCAGGUCUGUAUGUACGUAAUGUAAUAGGUAAUACAUUUCCCCUUCCUGUUAUAAAUUAUUUGGAUGCAACUUUGAGUGUACCAAAGGUUUUACACACACACAUACACAUACUCAUACACACGUACACAUACUCAUACACACAUACAUUUAUUUAUUUAUUUUAACUAGUUUGUUACUAUAUGUUCCUCUCUGGUGAUUUUUAUGUGUUGUGUUGUCUAGUAGGCUGAAGGUAGCAAUUCCUGAGAUGUGACAACCUUAGUGAUACCUCUUUCUCUCUCUUACACACACACACACACACACACACACACUGUCCAAACAUACAAAUUGUUCCCUCAAUUGUUCUAUAUUCACUCACCAGCUAUACACAUUCCCUCGUUAUUCAUAUAAAUACUCCCUCAUAAAAUGUUCCCUCAAUCAGUCUAUAUACACUCACUAGCUAUACACAUUUCCUCAGUAUUUAUACACACCCCCCUCACACUUCACACUAAUAGCCAUACUGUAGCUGCUUAUAACCAUCAGUACUUUAUCGACCUAACUGAUUGUGAUAGAAUGGCGGCCAUCAUAAAGAUAAACUUUUGUUGUUUGGUAAAGGUGCAGUGUGGUGUGUUGAGGAGGAGUAACAUAACACAGAUGAAAAUAUUAUUAAAAGAUGGAUAGACUUUCACAAACUCUGUAAGGCAACGAUCAAGGAAAUUACGAUACCAUUUUGUCAAUUCUGUUUACUUUCUGAAUUCGAUAUCAUUCGACUCUACAUUUGCAUUUGUUCGUGUUGUCUAUUGUAUUAUAAUUAGUAAUGUGUGUUGUCCCAGGAUGGUUGCAGCAGAGUGUACUUUGUAUAUUUAUGUACUUAUGUAUUAAUUAUUAAUUUGUGCUUCACACACAUGUUAUUAAUAAGGUGAAGUUGUAAUAAACCUUACUUUCCUAAUGGCCACCCAGUAGAGUUGGACAUACCCAGGGAAGGAAGCCAAUGGCCUGUGUAGGAUUCCUCCAUUGUCCUAUUAUACCUAUUACUAGCUAAGUAGGUCAUAUAUACAUUGCAGGUAUUUUCUUGCUCACUCAACUCUUUGAUUAUGGAAGUAUGUACAGUAAUUCAGUGGCCGAAUUCUGCAUUUUCAUGUUAUACAGUACAGCAAGUUGCAUGUUAAGCUUAUUUCUCUUAGUUACACUCGACAUGGUGCCACCACAUACACAUAUGGUGCCAUGGCCAGUGCUGCUACUUAUAAAUUGUGGCCACCUCACACAUAUGGUGCCGUGGCCAUCGCUGCUACUCAUAGUUUGUGGCCACAACCAAAAUUGUUCUGUUAUAGUUAAUACAUAUAUAUAAAACACUUAAUUUCCCUCCAACAUUUAGUUUUUUAAUAGAAAUGUUAAUACCUUGUAAUAUGCUGUUUCUGUAAUGUGUACAGUAGUAGGAUAAGAGUGAGGAUUGGUGUAAUAUAUUGUCUGCUGCCACCACAGUAAGUAUAAGUAAAGGACUGCUUCUCCUCCAGUGAUGCCCUUGUGUGCUGUAUAUUAUACAGUACAGUACACUGUAAUUAUUAUUAUUUAACCUUUUAGUAAUAGUGCAGUGUAUUAUUUUCCUGUACGUAUUAAUACUUUUAUUAUUAUUAUUAUUAUUAUUGUUGUUAUUAUUAUUAUUAUUAUUCGUAUCAUUAUUUUAUAAUUUAUAUUUUUGUUAUUAGUAUUAAUUUUCAUUAAUGUUGAAUUUUUUAUUCUAUGUAUAACUGUUAUUGUUUUUUAAUUAUAUUAUUGCAUAAAAUGGUAAAAGAAGAGAAACCUUUGUUAAGCGGAGGUGAGGGGACGGCAGUGCGGCCCUCAUGAUGUGAUAGAUCUCUGUUUAUGGACAAAAGUGGCAGAGAUACAGAGAAACUGUUAAUAAGAAGAAUGUAACUGUCUUUUAUGAAUAAUGAAUAGAUAUUUUAUUAUACACA